GGAUAUGGACAUGCGCGCUCCGCUCAGUGGAGACAUAAAUGCGUCAACUUUAGUUAUGAGGAGUUGAUUCCUGCAUGUAUUGUGUGUUUACAGGACAUGAGUGAAGAUGAAUGAGGAUGCAUUUGAGGUCCCAGAGAGGACUGAGUACCGCUACCUGGUGCAGGAGGAGGACGAGGAGGAGGUGCAGUAUGUCCGUCACAGACACUACAUCAGCCCCCUCCUGGUGCUCUCCAGACGCUGUAUCUUCCUCAUCUGCCUUGGUGUGGUCGCUCUGCUCUCUCUCGCCACAUACCUGGGAUACGUCGCCCAGACGCUGCCACCGGGUAUUGCCCAGGUGUCGACGGACUGUGGAGAGUACAGAGGAAGACACAAAAAUGGAGCCUACUCCUUUAAGGGCAUACGCUAUGCUGCUCCACCUGUUGGUAAUCUGCGUUGGGCCCCUCCGGCUGAACCAGUGUGCAAUGGUGGGGUAACCAACGCAGGUCGCUUCGGCAACAUGUGCCCUCAGGUGCGGCUGAUGACAAGCACAGGGAAGGUGAUGGGCCAGGAGGACUGCCUCUUCAUCAACGUGUGGACACCAACGCUGCAGCCCGAAGCCAAGCUGCCCGUCAUGGUCUGGAUCCAUGGAGGAUACUUGCACAUGCUCAGUGGAGGAGAGCAGGGCUACUCACCCACAGAGAAGCUCGCCGCUGACACAGGAAUGGUAUACAUCAGCUUCAACUACAGACUCAACGCCUUCGGCUUCAUGGCACUGGAGAUACUGAGAGAAGGUUCUCCAAAAAACACUUCAGGGAACUAUGGCUUCAUGGACCAGAUUGCAGCUCUGAAGUGGGUCCAGAGGAACAUCCACGUGUUUGGAGGAGAUCCUGGGAAAGUCACUAUAAUUGGACAAAGCUCAGGUGGGACAUCAGUUUGGACCAUGAUGAUGUCUCCGCUGGCAAAGGGUCUCUUCCAUAUGGCGGUGGACAUGAGCGGCUCGUACAUCUACAAUGCGACACUUGAACAGGCUGAGUCUGACAACUUAGUUUUCCUACAGAAGACGGGCUGCAAAGACCUAACCUGCCUCAGACGUCUCCCUGUCAAACAGGUCCUACAGGCUAUCCCGUGGCAGGAGUACCCCUCCUGGGCAGCAGAUGAGAUGACAGACCUCCCUGUCAAAGGUCGCUUCAUCGGCCCGGUUGCGGUGGUGGAUGGAUAUGUUGUCGAAGCUCCACCUUUUGAGGUGUGGGAGAAGAAAGGAUACUACAAUGACGUUCCUUUUGUCAUUGGGACGACAGAGCAGGAGCCUGACUUCAGCCCUCCAUUUGCAAACAUCUCCAUGUGGACCUGGGGGGACUACGAGUGGUUUGUAACAGAUAAACUUCAGUCCUUCAAUGAGAGUCUCCCCAGAGAGGCAUUGGAACUGUAUCCGAGCACUGCCCCCUGCCCCACCACAGGCCGCUGUCCAGAGAGGGCCUACACCACCAUGGUGUCUGACCUCAGGGUCACCUGUCCAUUGAAUGACCUGGCCUGGCGGGCUGCAGCGGCCCUCCACAGUCCAGUGUAUCGAUAUGUGGUGACAUACACGCCAUCAGGACCGGUCAAUGUGUCCAACGACCUGCUGCCAUUUCCUAGCCGCUUCUCCUUCCACUGUUUGGACAGCAUAACUUUCUUUGGGGGGCUGGAGUCUAUCCUGGGGAAAUCUCUCUCUGAUAAAGACAAGAGCUUCCAGGAUCUCAUCACACAGCACCUUGUCAACUUUGCCAGAACAGGUAAGAUGGGGAAUGAGUGGCCAGAAUACCCAGCAGCCACUGCUCUCCUGUCCGACAGCCUGUCUGCAGUCCAAAACUACUCAGCAGAGCGAUGUCAGCUGUGGGAGAAGAACGGCCUAUACGCCUACGCCUGGAUGAAUUGACCACAGACUGAAGGCAGCGUUCAUCUGAGCACUCAGUUAUACACCGCUACAGUAGGCUUUAUUAAAAUCACUGCUUUGUUACAUUGAGGUGACUUCAUUUAGCCAGACAUGCCAUCUGACUUUUUUUGUUUUUUGUUAUGAAUGAUUAACAACAGCCAUAUAUGCAUAUAAAUAUCCCCAGAACUCCAUGGACUUCAAGAUUUAGUUCACCAAAAUGACAAAAUAAUGUCACUUAGCCUUUAGUGGAGCCAGGUUUUCAGAUAUCUGUCUUCACUAGAACCGCUUUCCAUUGAAGAAAAAUAAAACCUUAACUGUCCGUUUGGCUCCAUACCACCAGAGCAAAGUGAGAAAAUGUUUUAAUGCCUCUACACCAGUGAUAGCCAUAGCCAGAGGCAUUACGUUUUAGGGUUGUCUAUCUGUCCCAUUCUACGCCUUGAGGGGAAUUUUUUCAAAUUUGGCACCAACAUUUCCUUGGACUCAACGAUGAACUGAUAAGAUUUUGGUGGUAUAAAGUGAAGAUCACUGUGACCUUGUCUGUCUCAUUCUUGUUAACUGGAUAUUUCAACAACACCUUGAGGGAUUUUUUGUUUUUUUCAAAUAUGGCACAAAAGUUCACUUGGACUCAACAAGAACUAAUAAGAUUUUGAUGGUCGAAGGGCGAAGGUCAAGGUCACUGUGACCUUGUCUGUCUCAUUCUUGUGAGCACGAUAUCUCAAGAACACCUUAAGGGAAUUUCUUCAAAUUUGGCAGAAACAUUCACUUGACCUGAAGAAUAAACUGAUUAGAAUUUGGCGGUGGAAAGUUAAAGGUCAAUGUCAGUGUGACCUCACAAAACAUGUUUCUGGCCAUAACGCAAGAAUUCUCACACAAAUUAUGGUAAAACUUCACACAAAUGUGAACAUCUUUUAUCCAAAAGGUCAAAGGUCAACUUCACUGUGACAUCAUAAUGUUCUGCAUAAAAUACUUUGUUGGCCAUUCCUAACAUCAUAUCUCAGGAACAGAAGGGGAGACAUUUGGUCAGAUUUAGAAUUAGUGACAACUUGGGUGUCCACUUUGAAACUGUGCUGAUUGUAUAGAUCCUCUGUGCUGCCGGGGGGGAAGAUGUGCGUGAAGCAUUUGUGUUGUCACAGACAUGGAGGUAAACUGUAGGAGAGACUUGACAGGUGCGCAGAGGCACACAAGCACAGAGUGGUAAUUGUAGUUUGUUUUGUCAUUUGGGUGAACUGAGCCUUUAUUAAGCUGGAAGCCUGGUUGCACAGUGCUGAAGUAACAUCAAACUGGGAGUCAGGUGAGAGUGAAGGAGCUUGAAGGAAGCAUGUAGACCAAAGUGACUGACAGUGAACUGUACAGUCAAAGAUAAAAUGAUUCUGUGAUUGAAAGACUGAUAUAUAGCUAUGUUUAUGUCAGGUCAGUGUGAAGUGUGAGGAAAGUAACAGCUUCCUGCCAAGGAAAGCUGAAGUUGAUUUCUGAAGUCAGAGAAAUGAUUGAGGUAAGAAGGGAGUGUGAGAUAUGUAUGACUGUUUUUUAUUUUGUUUGAUUGUUUGUUUAGGUGAUUACCUUCGUGUUUUUAUAACCUGUGAAUAUGUCGUUGAGUCAUUUUGUUUUAUGAACUUGUGAAGUCCUGCUGUUUGAUUCAUAACCUCAAAGCUCAGCCACUAAGUCUUGGCACUUUUCUGUGAACACGUUUUAUUACAUUAAUAUUUGAUUGCAGUCACGACUGUGGUUGGUUGAACCAAGUAUAACUUUGUAUGGUUUGCAGACAGUAAUUAUACCAAACAUGUACUGCAGUAUCAUGCUCUGUUGUGUUGAUGCAGCAGUGACACUAUCACUCUUUAUAUGCUGAAUAAAUUGAUGCCACAUGAA